CACAUCGUAUCUGACUUUGUCUGGGAUACAGUGGCAGCAUCUACACAUCACUGCAUUCCCACACCUUUUUAAAAAAAUAUAUUAUACACCGGACUGCUGCUGCUACUGUUACUGCCGUUGCUUUUUAACAAAGCAACUCAUUUGAAUUAAGUAUACUGGCUUGUCAUUUAACCUCAGUUGGGUCAAUGUAUAUAGACGCGUUCAAACGGAUCCUCUUUGAAAGGCUGAACUGCUUGAAGAGGAUGUGUGUGUGUCAGCGGCAAGGCAGUUCAUUUGCCAUGUCUAAGUCGGCGGUGAAGAAGCUGCACUGGCGUUCAAAGGUGCUAGACAGCUUUGUACCUCUGCAAGGUUCGUCGGGAGAGCUGGGGAUCGCCAUCGGUGGAGGAGCAGAUUAUGGAGAGUUUCCCUUUGUCACGUCAGCCCCGGGUGGUGGCCUCACUGUGGGUGACAUCAUCCUAGAGAUUGGGGGAACACCAGUUUUAGGGAUGACAUUAGGAGAUGUCCGUGGUAUCCUCAACUCUUGCCCCCAUCCUAUCCGCAUCAAAACUGUGUCACCAGGCCCCACAUUGUGUAAGGACCUCAGGUUGUAUCUGAGUAAGUGCUUCACACCCGGAUCAGUGGACAGCCAACUUCAGCAGGUCAUCAGAGAGAACCUCUACCUUCGUGCUGUACCUUGUACAACCAGACAGCCCAGAGAGGGGGAAAUCUCAGGGGUAGACUACAACUUUGUCUCUAUUGAGGAGUUUUUCUCUUUGGACGAAUCAGGAGCGCUGCUCGAGAGUGGAAAGUUCAAAGGGAAUUACUACGGCACACCUCGGCCCGUUCACGUUAGUGCAGAGAGCCCCCCCAUCACCUACCAGGAACACCGCAACCUGCUCAGAAACUUCCGCACACGCAGCAAAUCGCUCAGCAACUUGGAAAAGGCUGCACCAGAAGGCAUACACAACGAGGGAGACUCGGGAGGCUCUGCGGGUGUUAGCAGCAGCAUCCCUCUUGGUCACCGGUCUCCCGGUCGCACACGAGCAUCCAGUAGCGGAGGCGAUGGUCACGUCAUAGAAAACGGCAUCAUCAGCAGCAGGAGUGGUGCCAGAGUGAGAGGCGUGAUGCCCGAUCACUGGGAGCAGGCCUUCAGUGACCCAGGAGAGUCAGUUUACAUAGAACGCAACCCAAAGAGGACCAGCUGGCAGAGUCAUCGAGCCUCAAGCAGGGAAAACCUCUACAAAAACGACUGGUUCACGGACGAGCCUGGGGACCUCAGGGGUUUCCCUGUGCACACACACUUGAUCAAAGGCCCCAGAGGGUUUGGUUUCAAUAUUGUGGGGGGAAGCAGGCCGAGAGAGUUUCUGCAGGUGUACAGUGUGACAGAAAGUGGACCCUCCACUCUUAAGACAGCGGACAUCCUGGUGUACAUCAAUGACGUCUGUGUGUUGGGAAUGUCUCACAAAGAGGUUGUAGAGAUGCUCAAGGUGGUGUCUGUAGGCCACAGCGUGGAUGUAGAAGUUAGACGAGGGUAUCCAAUGCUCUACAACCCGGAUGGUUAUCCAAAGCACUCGAGGUUACUGGACAGCGUGGACCCCAUCCUACCACCCACCACCACCCAACCUCAAUCUCUUCACCAACUACCUCGCCUACCAGCACCCUCACCCCACACGCAGCACUUUAAUGGGGUUCACGGUGAUGGGAGGUACAUGGAGCCUGGCGUGACUCUGGACACAAAUGGAAAUGCCAUGUCUGUCACCUCCAGACACCUGCCCCCUUACAGACGCUCCAGUGUGAGCAAUGCCGUCUCUUCGUCCCCUGUUCACCCACCUCGCUCCCACAGAAGUUUAGCCAGGCUGCAGUCACUCGACCCAACAAUGGCAAGCCAAAGUGACAGUGAAGUUGUUUCUGCGAUUGGUUCACACAGGGCAUCAAUGAUCCGUAAUCACAACAAUAACUCACUCGCGACACCUCGUCAUCCUUUACUUUAUGGAACAUCCAAGUCGUCUGAGAGUGACCUGUCCACCCUGUCGGGGUCCCGGCUACCCCUGCCUCAGUCCCCAGGAAGGCCCUCCUCUUCUCCCGGUGGUCCCCGCAGCACUCAUCCCCACCUAUUCAGACCACAGACCUCCCAUCUCAGACCUCCAACCCCAGACAGCCCGCAACACCGUGGCUUUAAUGGUUUCCAGGGCAACACCAGCCCCACUGCAAGUCCCAGCAGCAUGUCCUCACCUGGGGCAAUGAGUGUAGGCAGUGGACUUGGAGCUUUCAGUGGAGGGGAGCUGGUGCCAGUGGCCUUGGGCCAGACUGAAGGAGACAGAGGCCUGGGCUUCAGCAUGACGGCUGGCGGUCCAGGAGGCACUAUUGCUUUAGUAAAUCGAGUUUGGGACAGGAAGCAGUGCAACUCCCUGCAGCCAGGGGACGCUGUUGUCAAAAUCAACGGAGCUGACGUCCAGAGCCUUAGCUUUACACAGGUACAAACAAUUAUCCAGGAGCACGCCAAACGGGGAGAAGUCAUCUUACUGGUUUACAGAGGAGGAGUCUAUCAUUCAGCUGUCUCCCCUGGAACUAUCCGGAGACUCCCUCCACCUCUGCUCCGUCCCCCUCCUCCACCUGACAAUUCCUCUGUGCUCCCAGAAGCACUGCAAGUGCCCCGGACCUCUGUCGGCACACCUCCCUCUCCAGCACGUUCCUCGCUAAUCCAGAGCACGAGUUUCUUGGAGUCCAUUCCAGUAACCCUCACUAUGGAGCCCAAAGACUGGAUUAACACGGGCCUGGAGGAUGAAGCUGCCGGCGUUCCAGUGCUGGAGAAGCAGGGCGGUGAACGAACUCGGCGGCAUCGAGGAAUUGAAGUGGAGCUGAGGAGAAAGCCAGGAGAAGGCUUUGGCUUUGUGAUUGCCUCACAGGACGUGGAGAAUGGGAAAGCUGCUUCUCUUCUGCCCCACCGGUUUGUGACGGUCCGUCGUGGCAGUCCUGCGGCAAAGAGCGGUCAGAUCCGGCCCGGGGAUCGUUUAGAGGCUGUAGAGGGACGCUCGGUGGUGACUCUGCCUCAUCGGGAGCUCGCUCAGAUACUUCGCCGGGCAGGACAUACUCUACGUCUUACCAUUGUCCCGCGUUCCAGCACCUACUCUGCAAACCUUCCGGAAACUGCUGACUAUGACUCUGGUCACAGAAACCGAAAGGGACAGAGGUCACAUCCAAAGCGGGACUCCAGGUAUUACAGUGUGGAUCUGGAUCGCGGCCCCUCAGGAUUCGGCUUCAGCCUCCGAGGAGGAAGUGAGUACAACAUGGGCCUCUACGUUCUGGGACUGAUGGAAGGAGGGCCUGCAUCACGGAGCCAAAAAAUGCAGGUGAGCGAUCAGCUUGUGGAGAUAAACGGGAACAGUACAGCCGGGAUGACCCACAGCCAGGCCGUCGAGCAGAUCCGCAGAGGAGGCCACCGCAUCCACCUGGUCCUCAAGAGAGGAAAUGGCUAUGUGCCUGAUUAUGGCCAUGAGCACCAAAUCACCUCCUCCCCCCUCCUGCAUCACCCCAAGAAGCAGGGUUUGGCUGCAGUAAACUCCACCGGACGGAGGGGGCGCAGUUCACAAGAGAAGAGGAGAAGCAGGUCAAGGGGAGGCGAGAGGGAUAAAGGGACGGGAAGGAGAAGUAGAAGGAGAAGAAGACAUGUCUCAGGUGAAGGACAACGCUUGCGUUUACAAAGCCCCAUGUCUGAUCAGACAGAGAGGUUGAGGAGAGCCAGGGACAGGAGGAGGAGGAGAGAAAAAGCUUCUCAGAGUUUACCUAGAGAUGCCCUAAGGAACUAUGAUGAUAGUGACACGGAAACGAGGGCAGAGAGGGGAAGGAAAAGAGGAAAAGGCAGGAGCAGAGAGAGGAAAAGCAGGAGCGAAGAGAGGGAGAGGAUGUUAGAGAAAGAAGAGUUUAUGAAUCGGGACAAGCUGAUGAGGGUGGGAGAAAGGAGGAAGGAGGUGGUGGAAACGUUUGAAAGUGAGAGCGAAGACGGUGACAGGGAAGUCAUUUUACCAAUUCCAAGUCUUACCCAAAGGCUUCCCAGGCCCAAAGAAAUCUGGGAGGAGGAGAGCGAUGACGACUGGGGUAUGGCAGCAGAGUACAGAGAACUGAGGAAAGAAGAGAAGCCAGAGACUGAGUGGGAGAGGUCCUGGGGUGAUGACAGCAGAAAAAGUAAAGACACAGGGCUGAAUCGGUAUGAAAAAGAGGACAAUGAUGAACAGAGCAGCAGCGUCAAGCGGCCUUUACGAAGCGUGGGUGUGAUUGAUCCGGAGUCACAGAGAAAGCCCUUCUCCUUCCUCGCUUCCACACUGUCCAUAGAUCAGUUGGGGGAUGAUGAGUCAGACUCUGAAGGCAGCCACUCUGAUGGAAGUGUGUCCGCUGCCAGUAUCUCAACUCUUUCUUUGGUCACAACACAGCCAGGUCCUUGGUUCAUGCCCAGCCAGCAGAGACUGACUCAGGUCAUGAAGGAGAACAGGCAGGCGGACAGGGUGUGGGGGAAGAAGAAAUGAUUUCUCUUGACUUUUAACAGGAAACUGAGCAACCAUUGUAACAGAUUCUGUCAGAUUCACACUGUUAGACCUCUACUUGUUUUCUGCAGCUACCCCCACUACCAACUUCUUUUCUCUGAGUCACUUUGAUAUUUAAAGUAGUAUGAAGUCAUAUUCUUUGUGCCUUUUUACAGCUGGUCUCUGGCUGUUAAUAUUUUAACUUGUAAAUGACACCAACAAAACAAGAUUAUCCCUCUCC